CUCUAGGGGCGCGCAACAACGAAGGCCAAAGGCCGACCCCAUCUCCGCACUGACCACCUGAUUGCUGUUUGGGGCACACUCGCGGAAGGGGCGAACGUGCAGGAGGGAUAACGGGCUAACUGACCAGAAUAUUGUAUUUUGACCUUUAAUUAAGUGGGGAAAAAAGGCUUGUGAUACAUAACGCACAGAUUAUUAGCGAGACAGCUGGAUUAAAGUGAGAAACAACCAUGCAUAGAAGCAAGGUCAUCAGCCUCGUGGUAGUCCUGGGUUUGUCGUGCUGGGCAUGUCAAGCGAGGUCACUGACCAACGGUAGGUCAGGUCACGUAAUCCUCAAUGCUCUGAUGCAGGACGACUACGCUUACACUUACGGGGAUUUGGCUAACGAGUACGACGCGCCAAUGAAGAGCCUCGUUCAACAGAGGACAGAUAGAGCGGAAAACGCCAUCAUUCAAGGCAGGAAAGACGUUAGGCAAAAAGUGGGAAAACGACAACACGAAGUCUUGGACGAUUCUUUCAACUACGACUACACCUACGGAGACCCAGAGGUCAGUUAUGACCACUACGACGAGGGAACGUCGAGAGACGAGAAGGGCAUCUCCCACCCGCCGAAGGAACACGAAGAAGGCGCAGACGGCGGAGACUCGCCGGGGAGGUCCCCAGAUAAGGGCAAGACGGUCAUCACUCCGUUGGUUGCCUCCGUUAUCGAGUGGGUGAUAAGGAACUGGAAGGACGUCAGGCACGUCAAGGACACCUGGGUGGAGACGAAGGACCACGUCCAGAAAAGCUGGAAAAAGGUCAAGCAUUCGCUGACCAGGAUCACCAAUGCCCUUGGAGGGGUCGUCUUGAAAUUCGGCGAAGAGGCCGAGGAGGGACUGAAGUACUGCCUCGUCAGGUUGAAGAAUACGAGUGAGGAGAUCAGCGCACAAGGUCUGGAAGCGAUCAAUAAGCUGGAAAAUCUGCUGGAGGAAGGCAACGAGUUGGCGGCUUCGUUCUUCCGCCUAAUUGGCUCCAAGCUCGGGGAGAUUGCAAGGAAGUACAGCCAAGGGGAAAUAUUCACUUCCGAUCUGCAACUCUCCAAUUACUUCGUCUUCGACGGCAUGCAACAAGACCACACGAAAGCGACUAUACCCAACUUAUUUGAGGACAAAGAGGUCUUGGGAAAGCUGAACCUGAUGGUGAAACAGAACGUCCUGAGGAGAGACGAAGUGGAGGCCCUUUUAUCGGCAGUCGCUCAGCAAACGCAGAGGGCAACAGGCAAAACCUACCCAACUAAAAUAACAUUGCAAGAAAGUAUGCAAGAAAAAGAAGAGACAAAGAAGAAGGAAAAGAAAUAGAGGAAUGUAGAUAAACAACAUAGUAAGAAUAAAAAAUAAGAAAAUAUUUGUUAAAACACGCUUUUAUCAAAAUGCACUAAAAAGUUAAAAAUAUGGGCAUCAAACAUGGAAGGAAAUGCUACUAGAAAAGAUAUAUAUAUAUAUUAUAUAUAUAUAUAUAUAUAUAUAUAUAUAUAUAUUGUUAUUUCUUGUGUGUCUCCUUCCAUGUUUGGCGCCCAUUUUUAAUUUUGUAGACUUGAUUACUUGUACGAAAAUUCUGGUGUGUCAAAUAAAUAUAUUUUUCACUUUUUAGUGCAUUUUUAUAUACACCUGUUUUAAAAAAAUUUAUUUUAUAUUUCUUAGUUUUGACGGAAAUUGUUACCAAUUUAUGAUAGUAACUAACAAAAUUGCUCGUCUGUCGAGCCAAAGAAGGCUCGAAAAAUCCGUAGAGUUCUUACAUUCUCCUACCGAAUCAAAGAAGCUGUGAAAAAACAGAAGUCUCAUACAAAUCUUGAGAUACUGUGAGAGAUUACUAUAAGGUCACUAGAAGUCACUGAUGACCUACUGACCAUGUAAGGUUGUAUUAUCACCAGGACUGAGUAACGAUGGAAAAUGUCAAGUCCAUCGGAAGAGAGGAACAGGUCGAAAAGGGGAGAUGUGUGAAAUGAGGAAACAAAGAAGAGUGAAUGUACUUAAAUUAUAUAUAAAUUAACAUACAUUCAAAUAAACAAGAUUUCGUUUCAAAA